GCGGGAGCAAGAAAAACUUGAGAGGAUGAAAUGAAAAGAGGAGGAGCAACAGGCCGAAGAGGAAGCACGCCAAGCUAAGCAACGUAGCAUCAUGAAGAAGGAGAAGAAACUACGUAUAAGGAAGAACUGCAGCGGGAGCAAUUCAGAAAGGAGAUGAUGAUGCAGAUCUCUCUGCAUAUGGGCGGGCUGCGUGAAGAAUGGCAGCACAAGUUCGACCGUAAGAAAGGUGCGGACAAAGGUAAGAAGAAGGCGGAAGACAACUCGUCAGGCGAUGCGUCGCACGAAGCUGAAGAUAGCGACGUCGAGGGGUUGAGCAAUAAAACGGAGCAGCUUGUCAUUUCGGAGAAGCGGAAGAGGGCUGCUGAUAUACCUGUGGGCGAUAGUCCACCGAUGGUAACGCCGGCUAAACGCACCGCCAAACGACGUCUGCAUUUGAGUUGUAGACAUCCACCUCUGAAGAAGUCCCCUCGGAGAACGACGCCUUUCAAGACUCCCUCAAAGAAGAAGAAGAUUCCGGCCCCGCCAGGGUCAUGCGGGAAGCUCAGAUACGUGACAGACAAUCUUCGGGAGCUCGGCUUGCUCAACAUGGAGGAUUUGAGACGAAUUUGCCAGGACGAAGAUGUACCAUUCGAUGGGCGGAAGAUGCAAACCAUCCUCGCUAUCGCCGAGAAGCGUUCGAUGGUGGCUUAUGGCUCCAACGAAGAGGAAGAUGUCGUUGGACAAGAAGAAUCAUGUGCUGAGGCACAUCCGGAAGAGGACGAAGAUGAUCAGGAUGGCGAAGAGGACGAUGAUGCAUGAAGCUCCGACGAUCUUUGGACUUUAUGCCGUGUUCUGAUUGACGUUCGUAGGCAGGGAGUUGUCGACGACACGGUUGAGACGUUGUAUCGAUUAGUGGUCAUCGCUUUGACUCUACGAAAUCAAAUUAGGUGGUUGCGUUAGUGCACUGAAUCAUGGUUCAACAUUUAUCAACAGCAGGGGGUUCGCGGCAUCACCGAGGCUUCUAAUUGUGUGUAUGUGUUAGCUUCACCAAUGUGUCGCGCGAUGUACGUGGGCCAAACGAGCAGGGAGGGAAAGACUAGAUGGAGGGAACAUGUAUCCAUCUUUAAUCGAAGCAAAAAACAGAACCACCUAUACAGAUGGUGGCGAGUUUUUGGGGUAGAAACGUAUGUCCUCCUGCCUGUUGACUGCUGCCGAAGUGGAGAUCUACUCUUGUUGGAACAAAUUUUCAUCAGACAA